CGGGGAGGUUCGGGGCGGUACCCGCGCCCUCCGCGCAGGGCGGGCUGGGCGCGCUGCCCGCAGCCCCCAGCGCUCGGAUAACUCCGCGCCCAGUGCACCGCCGCAGCAUGGGGUCCAGCCACUUCGAGCUGAUUUUUGACCACGUGGGGCACUACGGCAGAUUCCAGAAAGUCCUCUAUUUAAUAUGUGCCUUCCAGAACAUCUCCUGUGGUAUUCACUACUUGGCUUCUGUGUUCAUGGGAGUCGCCCCUUAUCAUAUCUGUAGGCCCCCAGGCAAUGUGAGUCAGGUUGUUUUCCACAAUCACUCUAACUGGAGUUUGGAGGACUCUGGGGCCCUGUUGUCUUCAGGCCAUAAAGAUUAUGUUGCAGUGCAGUUGCAGAAUGGUGAGAUCUGGGAGCUCUCAAGGUGUAGCAGGAGCAAGAGGGAGAACAUAUCAAGUUUGGACUAUGAAUACACUGGCAGUAAGAAAGAGUUUCCUUGUGUGGAUGGCUACAUAUAUGACCAGAACAAAUGGAAAAGCACUGCAGUGACCCAAUGGAACCUGGUCUGUGACCGAAAAUGGCUUGCAAUGCUGAUCCAGCCCCUUUUUAUGUUUGGAGUUCUACUGGGAUCGGUGACUUUCGGCUACUUUUCUGACAGUCUUCUACACUUCUUGCUGGAUGUGCCAAGAUGGCAAGUCCCUGACCACUUUUUUAUGUGGGCCAUUUCUCAGAGUUGUCUAUGCAGCCAGUACCUUAAAAGGCUAGGACGCCGGGUGGUCUUGUGGGCCACAAGCAGUGGCAUGUUUUUGUUUGGAAUAGCGGCGGCAUUCGCAGCUGAUUAUUACACCUUCAUGGCCGCACGCUUUUUUCUUGCCAUGGUUGCAAGUGGUUAUCUCGUGGUGGGGUUUGUCUAUGUGAUGGAAUUCAUUGGCAUGAAGUAUCGGACUUGGGCGUCUGUCCAUAUGCAUACCUUUUUUACAGUUGGAACCCUGCUGGUGGCUUUGACAGGCUACUUGGUCAGGACCUGGUGGCUUUACCAGAUGGUCCUCUCCACAGUGACCGUCCCCUUUAUUCUGUGCUGUUGGGUGCUCCCAGAGACGCCUUUUUGGCUUCUCUCAGCGGGACGAUAUGAAGAGGCACAAAAAAUAGUUGACAUCAUAGCCAAGUGGAACAGGACAAGCUCCUGUAAACUGUCAGAACUUUUAUCGCUGGACCUACAAGGUCCUGUCGGUAAUAGCCCCACUGAAGUCCAGAAGCACAACCUAUCAUAUCUGUUUUAUAACUGGAGCAUUGCUACAAGGACACUUACCGUUUGGCUAAUCUGGUUCACGGGGAGUUUGGGAUUCUACUCCUUCUCCUUGAAUUCUAUUAAUUUAGGAGGCAAUGAAUACUUAAACCUCUUCCUCCUGGGUGUCGUGGAACUUCCUGCCUACACUUUCGUGUGCAUCGCCAUGGACAAGGUCGGGAGGAGAACAGUCCUGGUUUUCGCCCUUUUCUGCAGUGCACUGGCCUGUGGUGUCAUUAUGGUGAUCCCCCAGAAACAUUAUGUUUUGGGUGUGGCAACAGCUAUGGUUGGAAAAUUUGCCAUCGGGGCAGCGUUUGGCCUCAUUUAUCUUUAUACAGCUGAGCUGUAUCCAACCAUUGUAAGGUCGCUGGCUGUGGGAAGCGGCAGCAUGGUGUGCCGCCUGGCCAGCAUCCUGGCACCAUUCUCCGUGGACCUCAGGAGUAUUUGGAUCUUCAUACCACAGGUGUUUGUUGGGACUAUGGCCUUCCUCAGUGGAGUGUUAACACUGAAGCUUCCAGAAACCCUUGGGAAGCAGCUGGCAUCUACUUGGGAGGAGGCUGCAAAACUGGAGUCAGAGAAUGAAAGAAAUUCAAGCAAAUUACUUCCCACAACUGAUAAUAUUGGGCUGGAAAAAACAGAAGCGAUUACCCCCACGGAUUCUGGUCUUGGUGAAUAAAUGUGCUGUGCGUGCUGUCUAUCACCUAAAAUGUUAUUUACCUUAAUGCUUUUGUAUUCGAGGAACCUUAUUCUCAUCUCCCACAUGUUGUUUGUAUGUCUUUUUAAUACAUUUUGUAAGAAAGUUUUAAAGCAAAUGUGUUAUAAAAUAAAUAAAAACUAAGAUGAAAA